GAUUUGAAUUCAUGGGUGAACUAUUUACAUAGAGGUGCAUUGCGUCCAAUUGAGAAAAGGCUGGUUCUUACUAGCGCACAAGCAUAAGCAAAAGCCGACAUACGCAUGUCGCAGCAAUACGGAUUUGAAACUGGUCACUCACAGGUGCAAACACCGAUGACACAAUUCCUUUAACAUUGAAGUUUCACCCUUAGCCUGUACUUUGGCACCUCUUUUCCACUAAGCUCAGAAAACUUCCCCAAGCACAGCACGUUUAUUUACAUUCCUUUCGAUGUCAGCUCAUCAUAGUAGUCUCUCUACUGUCGACUGACUGUAUGUAGUAUUUCUGGUCACGUGGUUUUAGUUAUCACCAGGAAAACAUUGCAAUCUACCCUCGAUCUAUAUACUAAUUAAACGCUUAAUGUUUGGCAAGUACUGAUUCAAUGAUAAUUGCAUUUACUCGUUACCUUGAUAAACCAUAUAGGCUCGCACGCGGCGUUAUAGGAUUAGACACAUUUUACAAAACCAUACAAAUGCAACAUGCGGAUACGCGGAUAUGUAAAAAUUGUACUAACCAGAAAAAAUAAACAUAUACGACAUGAAUUAAUCUUCUUGAGUCUAGCAAAGUGCAAUUUGGCACUAAUUUACAAAGUUCCUUCACCAACGCGAAUAAUUCAAGUUUCUGCAUCAUUGCACACCUGAGAUUUUUGCGUACUUACUCACCGCCGUGAACCGAUGAUGAGCUCAGCUACGCUUUUGCGCCAUUUCCUUUGAAACAAGAUAUUGGUGACUUAGAUCAAACGCUUUACCAGACAUGACAGGUGGCGUCUUGAAAUUUGGUAGCAUGUGAAUUAAUACAGAAAAAAACACCGUUAUUUUGUUAGAGCUAGGUGGGAGGGGGAACAAAAGGAUGGCGAGAACCCGGGAGAUUAGGGGGUGGGUGACGAAAGGACUUUAAAGCCGCUAUAGAGAUUAAUAAAGGAGCUAGAACCCGGAAUAUAAACGAGUGUUACUCGUAUCGAUUUCGUUUCGCGGGCCAUAUUAAGCUUUCCAACCUUGGAGGGCGCAUGUAACCUUUUGGCCGUUUUUGUUUUCUUUUAAUUAAGCUCUUGUCUCUGAUAUUGGCAUACCCGAUAGCUUGCUAUGAUUAAACAAAUACUUGCUUUUCGCUGCCUAACAUAGAUUAAUGUAAUUUAUGAAGAUGACACGGCGAAAUAAGCUUUUGAUUGAGGACAGGUCUUGUUACGACGUUUUACGGUGUAAGAUUAAAAGUGCUGCAAUUUUAUCAAGAAACACAAGUUAAACAGUAUAAUCUUAUGUUUUUAAUUAAAGUUAUUGUUUCCAAACUAAGAGCCCAAAACCAAAGCAAACAAACCAUAGAAACGUGUUCAUCACCACGUGUAAUUCUGAUGACGACAUUCUUUUAUUCACAUUACGGAGACUUGCAGUAUUAAGAAAUACUUGUGAUCGCUGUUAAUUACCCCAAGUCUGGUCUGACUAAUCAACGAGGAAUCAACUUAGCUCUCUGAAGAAAAGAAGGAUCAAGUCAUGACUUUGAAGAUUGGUGUGUUCUUGCUCUUGCUAAAGCUCACACAAGGAGUAGCAGAUGAUUGCUAUACCAAGCCUGUAGGAAUUUCGGACCCAAGAAAAAUUCCUGAUAAUCAGAUGACAGCGUCCUCUCAGUAUAACCAUGGUUACCAGGCUGCUUAUGGUCGACUCAAUGGUGACAGGGGCGAUGGCUGGUGUGCCAAAGAAGCCGGUAAAAAUGACGAUUGGCUGCAGGUUGAUCUUGGAAAAACUAUUGCACUGUGUGCUAUUGCUACUCAGGGAGACAGAAAUGGUAAUGAAUGGGUUACAGCCUUCAAGCUGUCUUCUUCAUCAGAUGCUCAAACCUGGACACCUUACAAGGAUGCAAAUGACAUGGAAGUGGAAUUUCACAGGCAAGGCGACAGCAACACAGUUGACCAACACAAGUUACCAGUGAUAGUGAAUGCAAGGUACCUCCGUUUUAAUCCAACCCAGCGACAUGCUUGGAACUGUCUCAGAGUGGAGGCUUAUGGAACCGAAGCAUCCUUCAAAGAAGAACCCGAAUACAGCUGUGAGCAAGCAUAACUCACUGUAGCAUUAAAAAUAACUGGCCUUAUUAUCCAACUUAUAAAAAUACUAAAAUGCGUGAUAUUAGCAUAGCAACGCUGAUAUUUAGUCGAGUGUUUUAGCUGUCAUAGCAGGAAACUGGAAGAAACACAUUGCUAAUAAGUUUACCUUUGAUAAAGGCCAAGGAACCACCGUAAUGCAUUUGGAAAACUGAUUUUGAGCGAGUUAUUUUGGAGCAGGGCGGGACCCCAUUUUACACUUCAAAAAGACACUCAUAGCAUCAGCAGUUUACAAAUCUGUUGCGGUGGUUAGCCUUCGUAAAUAAAUGAACUUCAAUAAAUGCAUGUAGUUUUGUCUAAAUGAAAUAAAAAAGGCCAGCUAUUUACUUAACUGAGGGUAUUUCUUUCGCUUUCCUUGCUUCAGGACCACUGAAAUGAAUCAAUCUACUAUCUGCUUCUGCCCGAUCAAUAUUCAACGGACCAGGAUUAUAACUAAAUCGACCGAGAAACACUAUUCACUUGACUCUGAAGAUGACUUCCGCUCAGGCUGUCGAAACGUCAAUCACCGACAACAGUUCUUUUCAGAAAUACCCUCCGUCGGAUGAUCUCACAAGACGAACUACUGAUACCCCUGGGUUCAAACCUUUACCGCAAACUACUGUUUUUCUUUAGCAAACAUUGAAAAAGAUACCGAAAUUAUUCAAUCCCUUUUUUUUCCAAAGGCUCCCAAAUCUAAAUGCUAAACCUCGCAGUAAUUCCCACGAUUCAUUCAAUAUUCAGUGCAGUUUGUGAAAAAUUGAUAGCAACAAACGAAAAUUGGCGCAAUUGUAAACUUCAGUCAUUUACAAGGAGACAAAUCUUACGUGUGUAGACCUCUG